AAACUUAUAUUUCUACAUUCAACUCUUCAUUUGCAAACCAUACUCUAAACUACAUUCGUUUUCAGCAUCUUUGAUUUUCAUUAGCAUUAAUCUUCAUCCAAAAAAUCUUAAAAAGAAAUUACAUAUCAUUUUAACAAUGGAGGGUGUCACAAAGUUAUCUGUCGAACAAAUUCAACCUCCUACUUAUGGAAACUUAAUAACCAUUCUUAGCAUUGAUGGUGGUGGCAUUAGGGGUCUCAUCCCUGCUGCAAUUAUUGAAUUCCUUGAAUCUCAUCUUCAGGAAUUGGAUGGUGACGAUGCAAGACUUGCAGACUACUUUGAUGUAAUAUCAGGAACAAGUACAGGUGGUCUUGUUACGGCCAUGUUAGCUGCUCCGGAUCAAAACAAUCGUCCACUUUUUGCUGCCAAAGAUAUCAAACCCUUCUACCUUGAACACUGCCCAAAAAUAUUCACACAACAUAGAGGCAUAGGUGGGAUGAUGUUAGCAAAGGUAAUGAGAUCUCUUGGAGGACCUAAAUAUGAUGGAAAAUAUCUUCAUGAAGUUGUAAGACAGAAACUUGGUGACAUAAAGUUGAAUGAAACCAUCACCAACAUUGUUAUUCCUACAUUUGAUAUAAAGACUUUGCAACCAAUUAUUUUCUCAUCUUAUCAGAUUAAGAAAACUCCUUGUUUGAAUGCGAAACUAUCGGACAUAUGCAUUAGUACAUCUGCUGCACCUACUUAUCUUCCUGCUCAUAGCUUCAUAAAUAAAGAUGAAGAAGCUGGAAAAGAAGAAGAGUUCAAUCUUAUUGAUGGCGGUGUUUGUGCAAAUAAUCCGGCUUUAGUUGCUAUGAAUGAAGUAACAAAGCAAAUCAUCAAUCAAAGUCCUGAUUUCUUUCCAAUUAAGCCUUUGGAAUAUGGUAGAUUUCUGAUCAUUUCAAUAGGGACUGGAACAGCAAAAAAUGAGGAAAAGUUUAAUGCACAAAUGGCUGCAAAAUGGGGAUUAUUGGAUUGGCUAACGCAUAGUGGUUCUAAUCCUUUAAUUGAUGUUUUUACUCAAUCAAGUGGUGACAUGGUUGAUUUUCAUUUAUCUGCUGUUACUCAAGCUCUUCAUUCGGAAGAUAAUUACCUUAGAAUUCAGGAUGAUACCUUGACUGGAAUAGAUUCUUCCGUGGACAUUGCUACCGAGGAAAACUUGAAGAAACUUUGCCAAAUAGGUGAAAACUUAUUGAAGAAACCAGUUUCUAGGGUUAAUUUAGAAAAUGGUCACUUUGAGCCACUGAAAAGUGGAGAAACUAAUGAAGAUGCUCUCAAGAGGCUUGCAAAAAUACUUUCACAAGAGAGGAGACUUCGCGAAAUGAGAUCCCCGCAUACAAGUAGAGGCAGAAAAAAUCGGCAUCUAGCUUAAUGAUCCUUUCAUUAAUCUUAGAUUUUAUCUUCAAAACUUUUCAGAUAUGUUGCUUGUAGAAGAAGAAAUAUGUGUAUAUAAAAAAAGAAAUACUUAGUGUGAGAUUAUAGAAUGUAACAUGAAUUAGAUCAAAAGUUUGUUUGCUUGUUAUUCAAUAUAAAAUAAUGUAUUCUUUCUUUUAA